GUGUGUGCCCGUGUGUGUGUUUGUGUGGAAACAAAAAAAAGCAAAAAAAUAAUUUAGGAACGUUGCGCUGCCAAUUAAACAGAUAUUUACAAGUAAAAACAUUUACAAUUCGUGCGGAAAGUAAUCUUUGAGCUGCGGUGCGUGUGCCAGCGCAUUGCAUUUGUGGAGCACAAAAACACUUCCAGUGAUAUAAGCAAAGUACAAAACAGUCGCCGCUUCCUCUUGGACAACUCGACUACUCGGUGCAGACAAAGAAAGGAUAGGUUAAAACGCACACAUAGUCACGACUCACGAUGUCAACCGGAAGGCCCAUAAAAUGUGUUGUCGUUGGUGACGGCACCGUCGGAAAGACUUGCAUGCUAAUCUCCUACACAACUGACAGUUUUCCCGGUGAAUAUGUGCCUACAGUCUUCGAUAAUUACUCCGCACCCAUGCAAGUGGACACAAUACAGGUCUCGCUGGGACUAUGGGAUACAGCGGGGCAGGAGGACUACGACCGCCUGCGUCCACUCUCCUACCCACAGACAGAUGUUUUCCUGAUAUGCUACAGCGUGGCGAGUCCCUCGUCAUUCGAAAAUGUCACCUCGAAAUGGUAUCCGGAGAUAAAACACCACUGCCCCGACGCGCCCAUCAUUUUAGUUGGUACUAAAAUCGAUUUGCGGGAAGAUCGUGAGACGUUGAGUGACCUGGCCGUACAGGGUCUGAUGCCGCUAAAGCGCGAGCAAGGUCAGAAGCUGGCGAAUAAAAUACGCGCUGUGAAAUAUAUGGAGUGCUCCGCCUUGACGCAGCGCGGCCUUAAGCAAGUGUUCGAAGAAGCGGUGCGCGCCGUACUCAGACCAGAGCCAUUAAAGCGACGCCAGCGAAAGUGUCUAGUUAUGUAAAUAAGGUAGCAUGUUAUUUGCUUUGUAACGACCACAAAGAGAAGGACAGAGAGAGAAUACUCGGAAGCAGCAGCAGCACACACAUACACAUACACUGAUAGAAAGCACACCUUUUGAGCGAAUCAAAAACAGGGAACUCCAUUCAUUGAGCACUACAUACAUGAGCCACACAUUCUCUAUAAGUUGAAAAUUAUUCAUAUUGUAUUAUUGUGUAAAUUGCAACACAGCACAACACACGACUCCCUCCCGCAAAAAAAAACAAACAGCAGCAGUAGCAGCCGCCGCAGCAGAAACAGGAAAUCUAUCUAAUGUAUCUAAAUCAGCUAUAGAAAUCUAGUCAAUUGAAUCGAAUGUAUUUGUACUAACAGUAACUGGCAGCGCACGAGAAAAUUAUAAUGAAGCAAAGCAUUGGUUUCGUUUCGCAUAUCAUCAAUGAGCAUCUAGGCAUCUCAUAUCCUAAUUUCCCCCAUUAAAUGUAUUAUAAUUAUCUAGCCAAGAGUUAAAACGUGAAAACCUCUCCUUAAACUAAAGCCAAGGCCAAUCACCCCGUGACGACGAUGAGAGAGCUCUUAGAUAAAAGCAUCCUUUAUACGAUAUUUAAGCAUAUGCAAGCAUUUUUUUUACUCUAAAUCGUCGAAUUGUAAUCAUAAUCACAACACUAAUUUGACGCUCAUUUGACACUCUGUCGCUUGGAAAUUGUAACCAACUGUUGUUUUUAAAUUAUUAUUCUAUAAUUACUUAUUUAUUAUCCUAACUUUAAUGAAGAAGGCGAUGUAUAAACAACUUUUACGGCGUAAGGAUAGCAAAAUGGUUUAUGUAAAUGGAAUGGAAAAACUGCAUUUAAAUGUGACGACGCGACUCGAAUAAAACAAAGGAACAAAA